AUGGCAGGAGUGGGCAUCUGGUGGCAGGAGAGGGCAGUGGGUGGCAGGAGAGGGCAGCGGGUGGCAGGAGAGGGCAGUGGGUGGCAGGAGAGGGCAGUGGGUGGCAGGAGUGGGCAGCGGAUAGCAGGAGUGGGCAGCGGGUGGCAGGAGUGGGCAGCGAGUGGCAGGAGUGGGCAGCGGGUGGCAGGAGUGGGCAGCGGGUGGCAGGAGUCGGCAGCAGGCGGCAAGAGUGGGCAGCGGGUGGCAGGAGUGGGCAGCGGGCGGCAAGAGUGGGCAGCGGGUGGCAAGAGUGGGCAGUGGGUGGCAAGAGUGGGCAGUGGGUGGCAGGAGUGGGCAGCGGGUGGCAAGAGUGGGCUUUAUGCUGGCCACGAAUAA